AUGUCAACAACCUUGAUAACUCCUACAGCCGAGACAUCUUUGCCGGCUUUCAAUGGCCAACUGAACUUGAAAGAUGCAUGCACUUGGAGCCUAACACAAAUGAAAGCUUUUAUGCUCGACCUUAUAGAUAGCCCUUCUACCUAUGGGGUGGAUGAGAACGCCAUAGGGGAAAUGAGAAGACUGCGUACCGAUAUUUUUGAUCUUUGUGAAAAUGGGAGCAAAUAUCUGUCUGAGGCCUCCCACCCCCAAUCAAUUUCGAGGAAAGUUAACCCAAACCAUAGCAAGGAUACAUCAUACUUCUUGUUGGAUAGCAUGACAUAUAGAGGUACUUUAUAUUGGUGCUGCUAUGACCUUCUAGGUAGGUUCCUUUCCGUUUUUAGCCCAGCACCCGAAGGUGCGACACAGAACAACUUCUACCUACCUCUGACAAUAAUGUACGCCCAAUGGUGUAUCAAGAUGGCUCCGUAUUCCCCAUGGACGUAUGCGUGCGUUUGGGCAGAGGAAGAGGGUCAACAGAGCCGCUUUCACUUGGGAGGAUCGUUCGCGGGAUAUCGCAAUCCGGAAGGGCAGAGCAACUACUGGAUAGAAAUCCUGCGAAAAGCCCGUUUUGAUGUUCUUCGCGAUGAAAGAAUUGACACAGCGAAUAUCACGAUGUUUGAUUCAACUUACCUAACUCGAGGAACCAAUAUUGUUCCUUUCGGAAACUGCGCAGAAACAUAUCCCCUAGUGCAUAUUUUACGGAACCAUAACCCUAGCGAGGAGGUCUAUGGCCUUGCAUUAAAGCGUAAGGAUCUAUCUCAAGACACAUACAAUCAUCAGGAAGCAUUGCAGGCAUUGGUCGGACCUUGCGUUAAUUGUGAAAGGGUGAUAACCGCCUGGGGUGGAAAGGUAGAGAAUUUCACAGAGAAUAUUCCAGAGAAGAGUACCGCUCCUUCUUCGAAGGUCCAAGAUCCUGCAGCAGGAGGACUUAAGCCAGCAUCUGAAUCGAACAUCGCUUUACCGGUCCAUGCUAAGCGGCCUAUUCCAGCGGAUGGCGCCGAUCAACCUGGGGUAAAAAGGACGAGAGGGCCGACGCCUGUGAUCCCUUUGAAGCCACCGGCUCAUCUAGAGAAGAAAAACAAAGAGAAGUGA